CCCGGCGGGGCGGGCAGGGACUCGGGGGCCGGGACUCGCCGCUCGCACGCCCUUGGGCCGCGGCCGGCGCCCGCUUCUCCCUUCCGCUUCCGACGCGCCGUCUGCUCAGCCGGUGGAUGUGCGGCAAUAACAUGUCUGCCCCGCUGCCCGCCGUCGUGCCCGCCGCCCGCAAGGCUACCGCCGCGGUUAUUUUCCUUCAUGGACUGGGAGAUACUGGGCACGGAUGGGCAGAAGCCUUUGCAGGUAUCAGAAGUUCACAUAUCAAAUAUAUCUGCCCACAUGCGCCAAUUAUGCCUGUUACAUUAAAUAUGAAUAUGGCUAUGCCUUCAUGGUUUGAUAUCAUUGGGCUUUCACCAGAAUCCCAGGAAGAUGAAUAUGGAAUUAAGCAGGCAUCAGAAAAUGUAAAAGCUUUGAUAGAGCAAGAGGUAAAGAAUGGCAUUCCUUCUAACAGAAUUAUUUUAGGAGGAUUUUCUCAGGGAGGAGCUUUAUCUUUAUACACUGCUCUCACCAUGCAGCAGAAACUGGCAGGCGUCACUGCACUGAGUUGCUGGCUUCCACUUCGGACUUCCUUUCCACAGGGUCCUAUAAGUGGCGCUAAUAGAGAUAUUUCUAUUCUCCAGUGCCAUGGGGAUUGUGAUCCUUUAGUUCCCCUAAUGUUUGGUUCUCUGACUGUUGAAAAACUGAAAACAUUGGUCAAUCCAGCCAAUGUGACUUUCAAAACAUAUGAAGGCAUGAUGCACAGUUCAUGUCAAGAGGAAAUGAUGGAUGUCAAGCAAUUCAUUGAUAAACUCCUACCUCCAAUUGAUUGAUGUCACUAAGAGGCCUUGGAUGGAAGUACACCAGCAUCACUGUAGUUGAUUAUAAACCUUCUCCCAUGCCUGAUCUUAAAACUUAUAAUGUUUGCAGUGGUAAAUGUUUUGCAAAUACACACAAUGAUUCAGACUCAAUAAUGUCUCCCCAUGGGAAAUUUAUGAUCUUUUAAGUUUCUAUACAUGUAUUUGUAUAAGAUAAUCCAGAAUAUACUAGUAUUAAAAUAAGUGAAGCCAUUAGCUUCUUUUUCUCAAAUGUAAUUCAGCAAAAUAAAAGACUGCAAUCAGAGUUUUUAUUACAUCACUAAAAAUAACUAGUAUUCUUAGAGAAAAUUUGUUCAGAUAUUAAUAAGCAGUUAAGGUAUAAAUGAUGUAUUAGUGCUAUGGGGCUUAGUCUAGGGAGUUGUUCCACAAUUGCUUAGUCAUCAUGCAAUGUCUGUAUUUUUAUAUCUUAUUCAUAGAUAUGUAAUGAUUGUCAUACAUAAGAAUUAGAUGGUAUUUUAUGUUAUUCCUAAUACUAGGGAUAAUACUUUUAAAUGUCAGAAAAGAGUAAUACUGCUAUCUUGAAUGAAUGGCCCUUUUAUUUGAGGGACUAUGCUUUUUCCCAGAUAUCAUUUCUAUUUAAUAUUCUUCUGUACUCUCAAAAAAUAGAUUCUUUCUUGACUUUCAUAGUAGACCAAAUAUUGCCUCCCUGCCAUAGACACCUACUCUCAAGACAUGCUGUAAUUUUAUAUUCUGAAUUGCAGAUACAUGGUAUUUAAAAUCUAUGUACAUUAUAAAAGAAGUCAAACAUUAAACUUCCUGUACUACAUAUUUCAAAUAAUUACACCUUAGUCCAAAUUUAGACCUAAUUACUAGAAUCUUUAGGUAA